AUAGCCUACAAUUAUGCUGGAAUUACGUUAUGAUUGCCAGUAAAAGCAUUGCCCAGCUCGACUUUCUACGGCCGAUGCUCCCAUCUGAGUAUUCAGCCUCCUUUGCCUCCAAACCAAACCCCGCUUUCCCACGUUGCUGAUACUCCGGAAAUGCGGUGACCAAGGCCUAUCCCUACCCCCAUGGCCACCAUCCCACCCCCAGUGCGGCGCCUCAAACCGUUGAAGACCUUACUGGAGCUGAAAGCCGGGGACUCCACCAUUGAUGUCUACAUCACAACUGUCCCCAUCAAAUCUGCCAAUUCGGUACUGAGUGCGGUGCGUUCUUUGAUCCAAGAUGAGUAUGCGGUCGACUUACAGCACCUACGACGAUUUGCGAAGCUCCACGACCUACCCCCGCACUUGAAGUUGCUGGUCUCCCCUUCCGAUACCGCCGCCCCUGUUGCCGAUGGCCAGGCAAGCCUUUGCUUGCUGGUGGCUCCCACAGCUUCUAUGGACCUUCCAGCGUUAAAGGAGUGUAUCUCUAAUGUGCUGCCAUUGUCAGAGCACAGUGCGCCGGCGGUCUGGACAAUUCCUGUGCCGCAACUUGCGCCAACCUCCCAGGAGCAGGCCACGAAAUGGACUACAACACAUUGGCCGACAGUAUAUAAGAAGAACAAUCCAUUUGGCCCACACCCACAUAUACUUUCUCGAGCGGAGGAUGAGAUGGCCGGUGAUCUGGACAAAUGGAUGGGAAUGGCCCACAGCGUUGCCCAGGCCUCGGUAGCCUCUGGGACCGGCGAGGGUACUGGCGCAGUUAUUGUCCAGAGAGACAAUGGCACCACUCGUGCUUUGGCGCUGGCCGGAGAUGCACGCUGGGCCAAGGGGAGGAGUUCCCCAAAAGGUAAUGUCAUGGCACAUUCCAUUCUGCGCGCUAUAGGCAUGAUUGCCCAGAAAAUGAGAACGGCUGAGAGGAAAAAGGGCGACGCGCCUCCACCAUCAUCCCUUGAUGAACUGGAAAGCGCAAUGUUUCUUGAUAUGCCCAUGCAUCUUGAAGAACAUUCUGUCUUCAACGAGAGUACAGUAUCCCCAGACGGAUAUCUGUGUCACAACCUGGAGAUAUACUUGACCCAUGAGCCUUGUGUCAUGUGUUCCAUGGCGCUGUUACACUCCAGAUUUGGCAGAGUCGUCAUUGACUCACGAGCGCCAGCAACAGGAGGGCUUUGUAGCGAAGGCACAACCUCUGGAACUGUCGCACAACCCCACACUUCACAACUGGGGCAUGGACUGUUCUGGAGAAAAGAGUUGAACUGGUCGUUGCUGGCGUGGGAGACCGAAGGCCAUGAACCUCCCCCUUUAAACGAUAGAUGUGACAUGCAAGCAUAAUUAUAAAUAAAACAUGAUAAUUCCCG